AUGGGCUGGGUCGGAGUCGGGGCUUUGAUUGCAACUGCCUGUUUUCUGCUCUACCAGUUUCCUCCCAAGUGGACAGUGUCGUCGAAACCCACGCCUACCUGCGAAGAUGGCGACGUGAAGGUGCAAGAACCUGCUGAAACACCUUCUAAAGAGAUCACUUCCAUCGAUACACACGAUGAGAGUACAAAUGAGUCGCCAACUACGCCCAAAGCCGCGGCUACCACACCAGACCCCUCCCUGACGAUACCGGCGUUCCAGUUGAACGACGAGACUACAACGAGCAGCAAUCCUACUCCUAUAACUCGUUCACCAGCGCCGACAAAUGACUCGAGACCGACAUCCACCGCAACUGGGGUCAUCUCCAGCAUGCCUCCUCCUCCUCCUCCUCCACAACCACCGCUGCCGUCGUCACGUCCAGACACCGCGUCACUGAUGCCGCCUCCUAGCGUCCCCCGCCUCCGACCUCCGACACAGCCGACACAGCCGACACGGUCUCCAAGCGUUGUAGCGCCAGGAACAGAAGGACGAUACCCUCCACGGCUCUCUCCCGGUAGCAGCUCUCUACGCCCACCACCGUCUGCGGCCUCCUCCCUCCGCGUGCCACCGAGCAACAGCCUAGCGCCGACGAAGGUGACGUUGAAACCGUCCAAACCAAAGCGGAACAACAAGGUGAACCUGCAGCCCGGGUUCUCGCCGCUGGACUGGGCGGCGCUGACCGCGAACCCGAACAACAAGCUGCGGGGCGCGAACCUGCCGCCGGGCCUGAUCAAAGUGACACCCUCGAUGCUCAAGGCGCAGAACGGGCGCAAGGGCACCGACGUGUGGACCUCGUACCAGGGCAAAGUGUACAACAUCACGCCGUACGUGCCCUUCCACCCGGGGGGGACUGGCGAGCUGCUCCGCGGCGCAGGCAAGGACUCGGGCAAGCUGUUCAUGGAGAUCCAUCCGUGGGUCAACUGGGAUGCUAUAUUAGGGGAAUGCCUGGUUGGCAUUCUAGUUUCGGAGAACGAAACCAAUGUCCUAGAUGAGAUGGACUAG